UCCACGAAUAUUUCGAGUAAAAUUUAUCACAGGUUUUUUCUGUCAUUAUAGAAUCAUUUAUCAAUCUAAUGAUACAAUUUGCAAUAUCUUUAAAAGUUUUCACUUAUACCGUUCACCGUAAACACAAACGUUUGAUUUUCGAAUAGCAUUCAGCUACGGAGGCGAAAAUAGAAUAUUUGUCUUAAAAUUUUAUCAUAAUAUUUAACACCUUAGAUUGUAUUUACCGUUUAUUGGUUAUAACGGUUAUUUAGACCGGAGACGUAAAGGAGAUUUGCCGUCUACAAAUUAUUUAAUAUCCUUCGCCCUAUACGCCUCAGGUCUAAAUGUUAAACUGUAAUCGCUCAUAAACUCUAUUGCUCGUCCGAUAUGACAGUACUAUGCAUCUAACUAGGCAUUUUUCGAAAAAAAAUCUUUUACGGGACCCGCGUCGAAAAUCGGGUGAGGAUUGCUUUAGGGACGUCGAAAGUUGAUACCCCUUUAAGGUGUCUGUAUUACAACCGCUAUGAGAAGUGGGGUGAAAAUUCGAAAACAAUAAUGAAAUAAAGCUUGAACAGUGCCGUGCCAUAAUUGAACGAAACAGAAAUCAGACGUAUUUGAAAUUCCCAGGGGGAAAAUCACGAUCGAAAACCGCCCGCUUUGUACGCAAGUGCCUACAAGCACAGUGUGCCGUUGUCGUUUUGGCAGGCGGUGCGCGCCCGAACGUGUUGCGGCUGUGACGUGGACUACGAGGGCCAAGACCCGGAUAUGCUGCUGACGUUGGUCCGGUCGUUGUUGAACAGAGAGUACGGCCACGUUACAAGAGAUCAAGGAAUGGUCGAUCUCGAGUAUUUGUCUUCGUCGGAUUCGAUGUCCGGUUUGCCGGAUUCGCUGCAAUUGUCUCCGCGUCGAAAGGAGAACGCCACGCGGCCCGAUCGGCUGGAGAAGGCCCGGUACGACCUAGGCGUGCAAUGCAGCAGCGUGCUGGACGACGAAGUGGUGCACCGCGUGCACAAGGCGUACCUCGAGUACGGUUCGAUGUCCGACGAAGGUCACAGGUACGAGACGAACGGGCUAGUGGCCCACGUCGGGUCGAAGCUGACCCCGUACGCGACCGAGCUCCGCAAACAAAUGGCCCGGUGUCGAGCGUUCUCCGACCAAACGUCCGGGAGUCUCUUCGACAAAGUUCGAUCCAUGAUUCGGGACCUCGUGAACAAGUACUAAACGCG